AUGCCGGAGAUUGAGAUUACGUAUUCGCUCGAGAGAAUGACCAGGCUCGAGUCCUUGCAGCUGCCAAGCGUCAAGAUUGAGAGAGACGAUCCCCUUCAUUGCAAUCUCGGCCAAUAUCCACGACUGUGUCCUCUCAUUCAAGCCCCUCAACUUGCGGCACUCAAGUUGAUUCUUCAAGAAGAAAGAAGCGAAGAUAUCUCAACUUUCUCACCUGGAGAUUUCGAAGACCUGCCGAUUAACGAACUCAUCUCCACCCUCAUCAUUGUCGUACCUCUAGGUACUCCAGACGAUAUUGGCAUAUCCCCGGAUUCAGAGGCGCAAGAGGAACACAAGUUUAUCGAAGGUUUUCAACAUUUUCGUGCUGUUUCUCGGCUUGAGCUAGAGGGCAGAACUCUUCCUCGCUUCCUUCAGAUACUUUCAACAGACCACACCUCUCUGAUCAAGCUUGAACAUCUUAAGACCAUCUCCCUGUCAUUCGAGCACUGCACGAAUCUCGACGAAGAGGCAGUUCAGAGACUCUACGAGAAGGCAUCCCGGUCGGAUAACUAG